AUCCACAUACUCACUACUGAGCACGACCUGCCGCUUUGCCACAUCUGGACUGGAGACGCUUCCCAACACGAGAAACUUCAACUUUUUUUUUUUUUUGCUUUGACUCUGCGCAAAAAACACAACAAUCACUCAGGCGUUUUUGCGAAUUAUCAGUCCGUUAAGGUGAUUUCUUUUCUCUCUCGAUAGUAAGUAAAGAUUGUUGAGUCUAAGCUGGCGUUUCUGUCUCGUCUUAGGUAAACAGAGUCUCGUUUGGGAGUUUCAUACAUUCAGUUUUCUGUUAGAUUGUCACGCUUUUAUUUAGUGCGCUGCACGUUUUCAGCCAAUGACACAUGAUCUGCAACAUUUUGGUGGGGAAGAAAUGAAGGAAAGCGAAACUCUAUAUAUGAAGUCUAAACACGCAGAUUAAACACAUUUACAUAAGUAGUUGUGAAUUUCACUCUCCGCUCUUGUCAUAAUAUUGUUAAUAUUUACUUUUAAAUGUGAAAAGUGAACCCUGUCUGUGAUCAGUGCGCUGAAUGAAUGCGUUGAUGGUGACAUGAGUCAAACGGAGUGAAGUUGUGAAAUUCAGCAGACUCUGGUGAUGGAGUGAGACAAUUUGAGGUUUUAUUUUAUAUAUAUAUAUAUUUUUUUUUUUUUAAAAAGAAUCAUAUUUAUUUAUUUAUAUGUGUGUCUGAUCCGGGAGGGGAAACUGGAAGAAACCAGUAGGCACAGAGCUCCAUACUGAAGUGUUUAAGUUAGUCUGCGGGGAAAUUUAAAAAGACCUAAAAAUACAGCGUUGGUUUCUUCCCUACAAAGAAUCAUUUGAACUUCCCACCGCAGAGAGAGAGAGCGACAUAAAUAGUUCUGACAUGUGGAUGUAAUUUCAGAAGUGAAAAAAAAAGAAAAGAAAAAAAAAGACAGAUGCGCAGAAAUAAAGCGAGCGGGCUGAACCGAACCAUAUAGUAGAUUAUAGGAAAUUAAAUCGAGGGCAGAGCGGGCGAUUAGAGUUAUGAUUUCACAAGCCGCCAGGAGCGUCGAAGGGCCAGAUGGAGUGAAAAGACGCAUCACACUCCACUUUGAAGAGAGUUAAGUAGAUUAAAUAAUUGCUUUCUGAGCUCCAUCAGCUGUGUGUUUGAAUGACUCUCACUCUUGGAGGUAGAGUUGCCUCAGGGUCAGGGAUGGGAUCUUCUCUGCAACUCCAUAAUCUGGACUUUCUUCUCAUCUCACUCCUCAGCAGCCUUUGCCUGGUUUAUGCAGAUGAUGUGCUGACAAGAGAGGAGCAGAUUGGCCUGUUGGUCGAAGCUAAGAAAAAAUGUGAAGAUAACAUCAAGUCAAGGGGUAAGAUACCCGAUGGCUUUUGUUCACCAGAGUGGGAUGGCAUUGUGUGUUGGCCUGAAGGACAUCCUGGAGACCUUGUGUUCACAUUGUGUCCUGACUACAUUCAUGACUUCAAUCACAAAGGACUGGCAUACCGUCGCUGUGACAGCAAUGGAACGUGGGAGCUCGUCUCAGUCAACAAAACAUGGGCCAAUUAUAGUGAAUGUUCAAAAUUCCUCCACAUUAACAACUAUAUCCAUGAAAAGGAGGUUUUCCACCGUUUGUACAUCAUCUAUACCGUUGGAUACUCCAUCUCUUUGGGCUCAAUAAUGGUGGCUGUUGUCAUCCUGGGAUAUUUUCGACGGUUGCACUGCACCAGGAACUACAUCCACAUGCACUUAUUUGUGUCCUACAUGCUACGAGCUGUAAGCAUAUUUGUGAAAGAUAUAGUUCUCUACCCUGGAUCUGCUUUGGAGAACAUGGAGGGAGUCACAGUGGAGGACUUCAAGUCCAUUACUGAAGCCCCACCUGCCAGCAAAACACAGUUUAUUACCUGCAAGGUGGUGGUGACCUUGUUCAUGUACUUUCUGGCGACCAAUUACUACUGGAUUCUUGUGGAGGGUCUUUACCUGCACAGUCUCAUUUUUAUGACUUUUUUCUCAGACAAAAAGUACCUUUGGGGUUUUACACUGAUUGGAUGGGGAGUACCAGCUGUUAUUGUGACCAUCUGGGCCACUGUGAGAGCCACGCUUGCUGACACAGAGUGUUGGGACUUAAGUGCAGGCAAUUUGAAAUGGAUAUAUCAAGUGCCUAUUCUGGUGGCGGUGGUGAUUAAUUUUAUUUUAUUUUUGAACAUCAUCAGAGUCUUGGCAACUAAACUACUAGAAACCAAUGCUGGGAGAUGUGACACCAGACAACAGUACAGAAAGCUCUUGAAGUCUACGCUGGUGUUGAUGCCAUUGUUUGGCGUCCACUACAUUAUAUUUCAUGCCAUGCCAUACACAGAGGUCUCUGGAAUACCAUGGUUGAUACAGAUGCACUACGAGAUGCUUUUCAACUCCUUCCAGGGUUUCUUAGUUGCAAUCAUAUACUGUUUUUGCAAUGGGGAGGUGCAAGCUGAGAUCAAAAAGUCAUGGAGCAGAAGAACCUUGGCCCUUGACUUCAAGAGAAAAGCUAGAAGUGGGAGUAAUACUUACAGCUAUGGACCAAUGGUAUCACACACCAGCGUAACCAAUGUCACUGCCAGAGGACCCCUGGCCGUCCAUCUCACCACAAGACUAGGGCCGGUGCCUGUAAACGGCCACAGGAACCUUCCUGGGUACGUCAAGAACGGCUCAGUCUCAGAGAACUCUGUGCCUUCCUCAGGACAGGAACUUCACAUACCUGAAGAGGAGCAGUCCGCACAAACACGGCCUAGUGUGGAAGAGAAACCCACUCCUGUUGUAGAGGAGGAGAGGGAGACAGUCAUGUGACCUCUAGAGGUCAUCAUAUAUAGCGAAUAGACAAAUUGUGAACACUCUGUGGAUGGUCUGAAGGAGGAAACUGCAUGAACCAAAAAUAUUGGCUCUUUUCCUCCUGUAAACUGAGCCAACACACUGCAAAAUGAGGAGGCUCAAGGGAACAAGAGUGUCUUGAUUUUUCAAGCUUGGCCGAGAGAUGAAGACGGCAAGUUUGUAAAGGCAGAUAGUUUUUGUCCUUCCAUCCACCAUCUGCCAAAGAGAAUGUGUGAAAGCCUAAAUCAGGGUGAAGUGUCUGACUUUGACUUCACUGCUAUGACUGAUUAUAUAGUUUUCUGUUCUUUUACAAGGAAAAUAUGUAUAAAUUAAGCAUAAGGUUGGCAAGACAUCAGCCUUACUCAUUUACUGUACAUUAAAGAUGGGAAACUUUUCUCAGCAAGGUUUAAUAUGAAUAGAAAAAGUCAUAAAUGCUACAAUUUGUAAAGCAUCAGUUCUACUUUGUGGCAUGGUCACAUUUGUUCUCCACUGACUCACAUCUGUGUCAGUGUAAAAGGGAAGCUACUCAGGUAAUUGAAGUCCUUUGUUGUCACACACUUAUUUUUCAUACUUUUCAAGUGGUGUUUCAGCAAAUUCUGUAUCUCCAGAAUCUUCAAUGCUCAUGAAGUUUUGUCAGUUUUGUUUUCUGUCUUUUCAUUUUUUUACAGCUUCAGGUUUUAUUUAGCAAUUCAAAUUUCAGUCUAAUUAGAAGAAAUAUGAAGGGUUGAAGUGAAUCUAUAAAUUCCCUAAUUUUCUGUUCAAAAACUAUGAUCGCUCUACAUCAUGGAGCCAAUACUAUAUAUGAAAUUUCAUUGAAAUAUCUUGGUACUUUCCUUGAACUGACAUUUUCAGGCAUUUUCCUGCUGGGUAGUUUCUGGAAUCAAGCUUUAUUACAAGGCUGACUAAUCUUUGGGUGCUUUCUGGGGACUUGCCAAGAACCUUCAUGGACCUUACAUAUAAUGUUUUUCUUUUAAAUCUCCUAGCAUUUACCUGUAAGUAAAUAUAAACAAUAUGUAACUUUCAUAGUAGUUACCACCUACUUUCCACUACUUACAAGAACUAUGCUGUGUUAUAAAUUGAUGUACAAUUUAAUAAGAUUUUAAAUGAAAUUAAUGAGUAAUUUUAGGAGCUUGACUGUAUUGUGAGUUGACUCAUAAUGAGUACUUUCCUGACUUCAAUGAAUUUUCACAAACUGCAAUGGUGUAUGUAUAUAUUUUGGCAUUAUGGAAGAAUGUUACUUGUCACAAAUAUGUUUCUUGACAGUUCGAUGAAAGUUUUAUAAAAUCUCCAUAAGCGUUUCAGAAAACCAUCUGCUAAGUUCCAUGAAAUUUACAUUAAAUUCACCUAUAACUUCAAUAACAGCACAGUUUACAUUGGGGACAUUUUACAAAUGAUAAUAGGAAUAUCAAAGUAAGAAUAUUUCAAGUGGAGUUUGGAGUAAAGGUAGAACAUGAACAGUAAUGGUUUGAUUUGUUGUCAUAAGGUUUUUAUAAUAUUAGACCCAGAUCAAAACCACAGACGAAUUCAAAAAGCCUUAAUUUCCAGUGGAGUGAAAAUUAAAUCCAUGAGAUUACAUUCCCCAAGAAUUCAAAGAGUGGCAUUUAUGCUGGAUGCAAAGGACAACGGAUUUUCACAAAAGGCCCACUAAUGUGCUGCUUCAUUUCGUUCACAUUCAAGUCGCAGUGUUUACAGAUCAAAAGUACAUUCUAAUUAAGAGCUAAAUGUUGUUCCAAACAUACAGUAUAUGUUUUGUAGCUGCUGUGUCUUAUUUUCGCUAAACUGUUAGUUAAAUGAAUGUCAGAACUAUACGUAGACUCUAAACAGAGGUGGUAAAUUUAUUAACGUGUGGCAUAUAUUCAUGGAGUUAGUUACUGACACAUGCCACAACACAUUAAACUCAGUAAUUAACUUGCAUGGCUGACUGCGUGUAGGGCAUAUUAUUUAUUAUUGUAUCAAAAAGAAAAGGCAUGAUAUGGCCUUAAAAAUGUAACACUUCAACAUAUCUUUGUAUUUAUGCGCAAUAUUUAUUUCAAUUUACCAAAUCCUCCCAAAAAUAGUGAAAUGAUGAAACACACGUGCCAUUGACGUUAAAGAUAUUGUUUUGAACUUAGAAUCUGAAAUCCAUGAUUAUUAGAUCAUUUAUACAUAUUCAGGAUACACCAUCAUUACAGCCAUAUUUUAAACUACAAACUCAAAUUAGAACCUAAUUUUAUAUUUCAGAUUCAUAGUUUUUCAGUACUUCUGUCAGUAAGUCUAUGAUCAUAAUUGCUAAAAGAGGUUCAUGUAUUUCAGUUCCUUUUGUUCAUCUGUUAAGAGAUUUCUGUAUUUCAGUUGUCGUUUUAGAAGGAAACAAAAUCUGCAAAGUCUUACAAAGUCUGUAACAACAGGAAUUUACUAAUUUUUUGAAGACAGUCUUGAUCCUAAAAUAAUGGCAAUGCACACUGGUAGCCAAUAAAAAAAUCAAAAGGAUAAAAAAAACAGAAAAAAGUGUCCUUUUUGCAGUAUUUUUUUAGAUACAGAUUGUUUUUGCAGUGAAGGGGAAUCAAAACGUAUGUAUUUUUUUUACACCAAAUGUGUUAAAAUGUCUUAUGAUAAUGUCUUACCAUAUUGAGAGAAACAUAAUUUUCUGGGAUAUUACAGAAGUAUACACAACACCACUGGCAUUGCAGAAAUUUAGAAAUUGCUCCAUAUCACUUCCUUAAUUCAGACAUCUUCUACCUGUCUACUUACUUUAUCUGUCAGAACUACAACACAAGAUGUAGGGGAUCCAAUACACAUGAUGCAAUAGGC